CACACACACAAACACAUGUUCUCCCUCAUUUUCACACAUACUCUCUCACUCACUGUACUGUACUCCUGCGAGGAUGGCAGACAGUUUCUCUCUCUUGGAAGAGGAUCUAUCAUGUCCAGUGUGCUGUGAGAUCUUCAGGGAGCCGGUGAUCCUCUCCUGCAGCCACAGCCUCUGCAGGGCCUGUUUGGAGGAGACCUGGAGUAAAGGAGGGACGCAAGACUGCCCAGUCUGCAGAAGGAGGUCUUCCAAAGACCAGCCACCUCCCAACCUAGCCCUGAGGCAUACCUGUGAGAUUCUACUGAGGGAGAGGGAGACCAAGGACACUCCUGGGCCCCCAAAGGAGCCAACCGAGGAGCUGACAGAGGAGUCUGCAAAGAAUGCUACAGAGGGGGUGGUAGAGGAGGCUACAGGCGGGCUCUCACAGAGUGAAAACACCAGCCACAGGGGUCCACAGGGUGUAUGUAGCUUACACUCCCAGAAGCUCCAGCUCUUCUGCUUAGAGGAUGAGUGUCUGGUGUGUGUGGAGUGUGUGUUGGAGCACGCAGACCACAGCUUCUGCUCUGUGGGAAAGGCAGCAGGUCAGAGGAGGAAGGGACUCAGACCCCAACUGGAGGCCCUGCAGAAGAAAAUGGCUGCCUUUAGCAAAGCUGAGCUCACCUGUAACAAAAUGGUUGCUCACAUCAGGGUGCAGACCCAGAGAGCAGAAAGGCAGAUAAAGGAGGAGUUUGAGAAGCUACACUGCUUCCUGAGGGAUGAGGAGGUGGAGAGACUAGGUGCGCUGAAGGAGGAAGAGGAGGAGAAUAACAAAAGGAUGAAGGAGAGAGUAGACGAGAUAAGUGAGAUCAUGUCAUCUCUGUCAGACACAAUUAGGGCUGUGGAGGAGAAACUGGCAGUGGAUGAUGAUGUGUCCUUCCUGCAGAGCUACAAAACGAUAAUGGAGAGAACGCAGAGUGUUCCUGAGGACCCACAGUUGGGCUCAAGAGCACUGAUCAACUUGGCCAAACACCUGGGCAACCUCAGUUUCCAAGUCUGGGAGAAGAUGCAGAAGGCAGUGAAAUACACACCUGUGGUUCUAGACCCAAACACUGCACAUCCCAGUCUCUAUCUAUCUGAAGAUCUGACCAGCCUAAGAUCUGAAGAUAAACUACAGUCUCUCCCAGACAACCCAGAGAGGUUUGAUUUUUAUUCUGACAUCUUGGGUUCAGAGGGUUCACUUCAGGGACACACUUCUGGGAUGUAGAAGUCGGAGAAAGUGAUGACUGGAGUGUAGGAGU